AUGAGUACUCCUACUAAUAACUCUCUAGACUUUAAUCUAGAUGAGUUUGAUAUUAAGAGUACAGCUAAUGAUAGUAAUAAUAAUAAUACAAAUCCCCCCAAUACAAAUGAUGAUUUGUUUGAUUUAGAUCCAUUUAGCUCAAAAAACUCUCCACCUCCUUCCUCUCCUUCGAAUAAUAACGAUAAUAACAACAAUAGUAAUAAUGCUUUCCUAGACUUUGGUGAUUUUAGUUUUUCCUCAAAUAAUACUCCAGUACAAUCAUUACCAAACAACGACAACAACAACAACAGCAGCAACAAUGAUGAUUUUGGUGAUUUUUCAACAACAGCAGCGGUGCCAUCAACCUCAAACAAUAGUCAAUCAUCAUCAUCAUUUUUUGACAACUCUGACUUCAUUACUACAGCAAGCAAUACUACCGAAAUUAAAAAGGAAUCAAUUCCUGAUGAGUUUUCACAAAAAGAUAUCAAAGAUGAAUUUAAUAAUUUUAAAACCAGUAGUGGCCAUAUAGAUAAUAAUGAUAGUUGGGGAGAUUUCAAUAACGAAACUAUUAAUAAUGAUGAUAAUAAUAAAAAUAAUAAAGAAAGCUGGGGUGAUUUUAGUAAUAGUAAUAAUAAUUUGGAUAAUAAUAUAGAUAAUAAUAACGAAGAUUUUGGGGACUUUGGUGAUAAUAACAACAAUAAUACCAAUAACUCCAAUGAUGAUUGGGGUGAUUUCAGUAAUAAUAAUAAUAUUAACAAUAAUAAUAAUGAUAAAAAUAACGAAGAUUUUGGUGAUUUUGGUGGUAAUAUAACAGAUUCAAAAGAAGAAAAUAACUUUAUUAGUAAUAAUAAUGAUUUUGGUGACUUUGGUAGUAAUAAUAUAACAGAUUCAAAAGAAGAUAAUAACUUUCAAUCAGUUCCAAUUUCAGACAAUAAUGACCAAAAACCAGAAUUUAAUUUUGAUGCAACAAAAGAAAAUAACGAUAAUACAGAAAGUUUCAAAAAUAUAGCAUUAACUCCACCAUCACAACAACAAAGCAACAAUAAUGGUUUUGAUGAUUUUGGUAAUAACAAUAACGAUUUUGAAAAUUUCAAAUCCACCUCAAACAAUAAUAUAAAUAAUAAUAGUUUUAAUAGUAAUAAUGAUAAUUGUAAUAUUAGUAAUAAUGAACCCAAUUUUGAUGAAUUUAAACAAUCUUCAAAUAAUUUUGACAGUUUUGAUGACUUUGGAAACGAAAAAAAUGAAGAAUUUUUAACAGAAUCAACUACAACUGUUGAAAAAUCAAGCAAUUCAGAUUUUAGCCUAAAAACAGAAAAUCCUGAUAAACCAACACAAGAGCCUGAAAUUUUAUUUGAUAAAGAAAAAGAAGAAAAAGAGGAAAAAGAAGAAAAAGAAGAAAAAGAAAAAGAAGAAAAAGAAGAAAACCAACCACAAAUCGAUGAAAAUAAAGAAAGUUUUGAUUUCAACAAUGGUAGCGAAAAUAGUUUAGAUGACCAAUCAGCAGAAAAAUCUAAAGAAGAAUUAAAAACUUCAAAUAAUAAUUUUAAUUUUGAUGAUUUCAGUGAGCCAGUAACGACAACUGAAGAAACCAAGCAAACACCAAACAGCUUUGACUUUGGUAAUUUUAAUGAAUCAACUGCCACUACAAAAACAAAUGAUGAAGAUUUUGGUAAUUUUGAAGAAACAUCAGCAAAUCCUGACAAAACUAGCGAUAACCAAGAUAGCUUUGGUGACUUCAGUGUUGAAACAACAAAUACUACAAAAGAUGAACAACCAGAAAAAGAAGAGAAUAAAGAAAAUUCAAAUAAUUUCGAUUUUGAUUAUUCUAGUGAACCAAAAACCUCAAAAGAGGAAUUAAAAACCUCAAAUAGUUUCGACUUCGAUGAUUUUAAUGAACCAAAAAUAUCAAUAGAAGAUCAGUUACAAAGUAAAGAACCUACAGAACAAUCAAACAAUUUUAAUGAAUCAUCCGAAACAACUAAAGAAGAAACCUCUAAUAACUUCAACUUUAACGAAACAACCAUCACCACACAAGAUGAUUUGGGUAAUUUGGAAGAAACUGUUAAAGUCAAUGAAAAUCAACAUACCUUUGGUGACUUUAAUAUUGAGGCACCAACCAAAAAUGAAUCUGCUAUUGAAGAUUUUGGCAAUUUCGACAACAAUACAUCAACUAAUGUAGAUAAUAAUGAUAAUAGUUUUGGUGAUUUUGAAGAAACUCCAGCACCCCCAACUAAUAAAGAUAGUCAAGAUUUCGACUACUUUACCGAAACUACAGCUAUCAAAACACCAAUCGAGGCCGAUGAUAAUAACUCCAGUGAAUUUAAAGAAACAUAUGGUGUACCAACAAUAGAAAAUGAUGACAAUGAUGACAAUGAUUUUGGCGAUUUUGGUGAAACAACUACCAAAGAAAUCAAUAACAAUGAUGAAUUUGAUUCAUUUAACGAAACAACAAUUGAAACAGAUAAUUUUGGUGAUUUUAGUGAAACAACUGCAACUGCAACUGCAACUGCAACAACAGUAACACCAGCUACAAAUCCAUCAAUUGAAAUCAAUAACAGUUUUGGUACCUUUGAAGAAGAAAAUAAUAAGCCAACAACCAACGAAAAUGAUGAUAGCCUUGGUGACUUUGGAGAAACAACUGUCAAACCCCCAACCGAAACCAACAACUUUGAUAGCUUUGAUGACUUUAAUGACAACUCAAAACCCUCAAACGAUGAAGACUUUGGUGACUUUGGUGAGUUUAAUGAUGGUCAAAACGAUGAUGAAUUUGGAGAUUUUGGUAGCUUCAAUCAAUCUGAAGCAAUUCAAACACCACCACCAAAACCACCAGCACAGCAAACAACAUUAAAUAUAAUUCCACCAAUCCCAACCUCAACCACGGCAGAUGACUUUGGUGAAUUCGAUGAUGAAACUGGAACAGACGACUUUGAUAACUUUGGUAAUUCACCAAUUACAGCAGCACCAAUAGGAACUGAUUCUGAAACUUCAAAUAUAGCCAAACCAAAACAACCAUCAGUUAAUUCAAUCGCAAUUUCACAGCAAAAGAAUAACAUUAAUCACAUUAGAGCAAACAUUGAAAACUUUUUAAGUAACGAAAAAUCAUUUAAUCCAAUAACAAUAAAAAAGAAAGAUGUAGAUAGUGAAAAAGAAGACGCUAAAGAUUUUGAACAACUAUUAAACCAAUCAUCAAUCGAUAAAUCAAUUUACACCAAAACCAAAUCAGCGUUUGUAGCCCCACCACAACCAAUAAUACUAAGAGAUAGUCUAAUUGAAAAGCAAUCUUUAGAAUCUUUCCAUUUCUCUGAGGAUAUUAAAAUUUUAAUUAAACAGUUAGAACAUGAAAGAAUUUCACAACCAUUAAAACCACAAACCUAUUCACCAGUAGGUAUGAUUGUAUCAUCCAAAUCAUUAUCCCUAUCGGGUGGAAAUCUUCCAACAUCACCAACCCCAUCAUCAAGCAAUACCAUUUCACCAUCAUCUGCAACUACUACAACACUUUCAACAUCAUCACCUGCAACCUCAACACUUUUAUCGACAACUGCAACAACUGCAGCAACCACAUCAAAAUCAAAUGCAGGAACAAGUUUAGAUGUUGACUCAAUUCCAACACCACCACCAACAUCAUUUAAUUUAGGAACUAGCGACCCUUCAUCACUUCUUGGAAUUGAUAAACCUGUUUCAAAUGGUCCUUUAAAUGAUGUUAUUUCAAAAAUACCAGAUUUAUCAUUCAUGCUCUCCUCAACUUUAAAAAUUCCUUUAAAAUCAAAAACUAAUCAAAAAAUUUCCUCGACCCCAUUUGUUUUAACACCCUCCUUUAAUAAUAAUACAAAUAUUAAUAUUAAUACCAAUCCAAAAUAA